AUAAGUGGCGGGAAUUUCCAUACUUACGUUGCCUCACGAUGUAUGUGUUGGGUGUAAUCGUACAGUUUGGUUUUCCAGUAGAUUUCACUUUGCGCUUAUGGUUUCUAAAUCCACGGCGUUAAUGUGUUAGUAACAGUAGUCAGUGAUUUGAAAGCCCCUAAAUUGGUUGUUCAUUUCACUUUUCAUAUUGUGUUCGGAGCUGUGAAUGAUUACUAAAACGGGUGACUAAACUAUAGCAGCCCAAAACGAGGCUAUUCGAUAAACGGAUUGAUGACCUUAACUAAUUUAUGUACAGAAGUUGGUUUAACCCAAAUAUGAGGACUCCUGUGAGAAAUUGGGAGGUUUUCUUGGAACAUGUGCAAGAUUACUAUCCUAUGUGACCAUUUUUUAACAUUGCAUUACUUGUAUAUACACGUUUAUUUCAAAUAACGCACCUUUAAUUCUGACGCAUCUGACUGGUCACUGGAGGUAGUAUGGUUUUGGGCUGCUAUAGUUUAGAGUCACCGUGUUUUGGGAAAAAUGAAUGCCUUCAUUCGGAAAUUCGGAAGGAAGACAAAAUGGACCAUUCACUGGUAGUGCUGUAGAAAUAAUGCUUCAUUUUGAGUAUCCAAAGAAGCAUGUUUAUGUAUUGUGACAGGAAAAAACCAUUGACAUAUGGUUAUGCUGGGAACCAAUAUAUUCAACUCAUUAGUAGUUUGCAGGCUAUUUCACCAAAUUUAUGUAAGUGGUCAGUUUUGGUAGAGAAGGCAUAUCGACACUGAAAUUGCAAGGGAUUUGUCGACCACGAUGGCUUCUUUCUGGCCGACUUUCUUUUUAAUUCUAUGCAGUUUGCGUGUAUUACAUUUCUCAUCACACGUCUCCAUUUUGCUGUUUUCCUCCGCAGUCCUCUUCAGCUUGCCCCGCCAUCAUCCAUAAGCUUCCAUAAUCUCACAUGAUCUCCCACAUGAUGCCUUUUGAACGCCUAUCUAAUCCUUUUCCACUUGGCUUCCACUCGAGGGUCUGGCGUGCUAUGUCACUCGAUGGUCUCGGUGUGUGUUAUCCAUCUCCACUUUGUCUUGCAUAUUUGUUGAGGAUUAGGUAAUUGAUUGGUUCGUUCCCAGAGUUUCUUGUUGAUAAUCCUUCCUGAUCGUCUGGCUUUCAGUAUAGAGCGAAGGAGAUUGACAGAUGCCUGAAACUUGUUAGUAAUGCCUUUUGUGACGCGCCACGUGUCUGACCCCUGUAGAGGAAAUGACUUAACAUUGGUGUUGAAAAUCUGAAUCUUGUUCUCGAUUCUGAGUGCUGAAGAUUUCCAGUCUGACUAGAGUGAUGUGAGUGUAAGUUACCCAUGCAGUUCUAGUUUCGAUAUCCUCAUCCGUUCUACCUGUAGUUAAAACGAUACUACCUGGCAAGGUGAAAGAUGUCACCUGUUUCAAAUUUCUGGUGUUAUUGGUUGGUGCUUGUCGUUGUUGUUGUUUUUGGUUGAUUAUUUUUAUUACCUCCGCCUUCUGUUUGCUCACUUGAAGUUGUGCCUUUGCUGUUUCUUGUGCCAGUUUGUGGGUUUUCGCCUGUAAGUCUCCGACUGUUUGUGAUAUUAGACAUAAAUCACGCGAGAAGUUCAGAUCUAGUGUCUUCUUAUCGGUCUAGCGUAUUCCUGUCUUCUUGCUUCUCACGCUCUGACGCAUGACCCAGUCCAUCACAAUUAGGAAUAUCACUGGCGAUAGAAGUUAGCCUUGAUUUACUCCUGUCUUCACUUCAAACGCUUCACUGAGUUUUCCCUUGUGGACCGCUUGACAUGUGACACUCACAUAAUUGUUGAAGGAGGUUAAUAAGGAAUUUUGGCACUCAAUAGCGUCGAAGUAGUUUCCAAAUUGCUUUUCGGUCGUCAAUGUCGGGGGAAUUUUUAAAGUUUAUGAAGUUAAGAUAGAGAUUUGACUGUUACCCUAUGCCUCUGUUCGUUGAUGAUGCGUAAAUUUGCAAUGUGAUCCACACGUGAUUUGCUCUUCCUGAAUGCAGGUUUUCCUGGUAGGACUUUUGCAUCCAGUGCAUCUUUUAGUCUUUCUAGGAUGACGCGACUUAUUUUUUGCUUGGUGUGGAUAAGAACAUGAUUCUGCGCCAAUUCCUACAGAGGUCUAAGUCGUCCUUCUUCUUCUUUGGCAGUUUGAGACUGGAUUCAACACAGAACUUUUCUCAGAUGUGCAGCAGUUCGAGUCGCCACACUCUAUGUAACACACAAAGAGAGAAGAGAGUAAAGGAUGGUUCAAAAGAUAGAUAGUAAACAGGAGUGUCCCGAUCAGUAGGUAUCUUUGUUUCCUUCCAAACUUUUCGCAAUAGUGGCGUGAGCACAUCCGCUACGAUCUCGGGAUCCAUUUUCAGUGUUCCAGGAGGAAUGCCAUCCAGCCUUGCUGCCUUCCCGGCCUUCAGUAGCUUGACUGUAUUCACGUCUUCUGCAGUUGUUGGUAGAUUGGUGUCCACUGACAGUUCUGUAGCUUUUGGUGGUAUUUCUAGCCGAGUUGUAGGUAAUGGUCUGUUUGAGCUUUCUUGUAGGCUUCUAAUCCUAGUACGGUGUGCUAGCUUGAACUUCAUUAUGCUUUGUGUUGUGCUAAUCUAAUUGAUCCUGGCCUAAUAUUUUGACUUGAGUAUUUGACACUAUGAUCAUUGUAACGUAUUAGAUAAACUAAAUUGUUUUGUUUAGUGAGCUCCACAGGUACUUUUAACUGACGUAAUUUUUUUCUAAGUGGUGUUUGAAUGUUGCUUGUUAAGAUUCCUAUGUAAAAUCCCAGAAGUUUGGUCUUUGUAUGGUAACCCUAGUGAUGUUUUAAGUUCCAUCUUUUUGGUGUUGUCAUCUUUGUGUAUAUAUUAAUUACUCAUAUCAUACCCGUUUAUCCGCCUCAUUUUAAUUGUUUCAUAUAUUUAUUGGUUAUUAUGUAUGGAUAACUUUUAAGCGUCAAGGUUUCUCUUGUCUUUCGUAGAUUUUGUCUCUAUAGAUUUUCCUUUUCACUAUUUAUAUGUUUAGUCCUUGAACAUUUCACCAAUCCUACAAACGAUGGUGUACAGAGUUGUGUAGUUAUAAUUGGUACGAUUAUAAAAGAACAAAUUGUGCUCAAAAUGCUACCCAGUAAAUAAUACCGUAUCACUGUGAUAUAUGCAAUAAACGAAUAAUUUUAGAAUUCUUAAGGCUCUAACUAGUUUACUCACGUUCGGCUUGGGUAACAAGGGAGGUCAGUUGAUGGGAUUGUGAAGACGCAUCGAUUAGAAUGACUUAGACAUGUGCUACACAGAUCAAGUCGUCGCCUUCGCCAAAAAGUGGUGUUGGGUGAUAUAAGCUUAGGUUGGGAAAGAGCUAGUGAUGGUCAGACACUGCAUGAAUCCAUAAAGUACAUCAACGAAAGAAGAAUUCCGCCUAAAUGUCGACUGAUGCAUCUAGUAUUAGUUGGCGAUUAUCAGUAUUAAGCAACGGGAUUUUGUUUGAGGUAAGUAUUAAAUUGAUUGAGCGACCCGCGUUAGUGGAAAUUCAUCGUUUGGUAAUAGCUACAGAAGUGGGCUAUUGAUGAUUAGAUGACUGUUAUGGAGCACCCAAAUCUUAGAUAUGCAACUCACGUGGUCCUCACAGAUUGCGUUGUAUUCGCCUGCGGAUGCACUUGGACAUCAGUCUUCUGAUAUUUUGACUGUUUCGUACGUGACUGACUCAGUUUCAAGACAGAACUUUGCACGGAAUUUAUCACACUCCAGUUUGUGUGUUAUCCACGCUAUUUCUCUUUAGUGUUUUUUUAGUUUAAUUGUGGAUAUUUGUUAUCGUGUCUAUUAGGUUUUAUAUUGUUGUCACCUGUUUUUGAUUGUGAUUUAAAUAUAAUGCACUUUUAGAAGUCAUUGCUUAUGAUGCCUUCUAAGCUUGCCCUUGGUUUUGCCGCUUCUGGCACACCGUGGCAUUUAAUUUCCCAUCUGUUUCCGGAUAAAAUUGGUGGCCGACCAGCAUGGCUUGCACUUUCACAUUUACCAUCUCCAAGUGAACUGGCUUGUCCAGUGUGUUUAAAUCCCAUGUGCUUCGUUUUACAAUUAUAUUCACCACUUUCUGAAAAGUCAGACUGUUUCCAUCGAAUGUUGUUCUUGUUCAUGUGCCGCAAAGGUGGAUGUCAUCAUGAGGUGGAUCAAACACCCUUCUAUGUAUUUCGCUCCCAGUUACCGAGAGAAAACUGCUACUACAGCUUUGAACCACCAGAAAAUGAAUAUCCUUCUUGGGAAACUGUGAAAUCCCUGCUGGAAUCGAACUCUCUUCCAUGUGCUGCUAAAUAUUGUUCUCUUUGCCCGGUCUGUGGAUGCAAAGCAGAAAAAGGUGUUCGAAGUGUAAGAAUACUUUCUAUUGUUCAAAAGUUCAUCAGUGACGAUGAAACAAAAGCUCUUGAGUCCAUAGCGAAAAAAGAAACUAAAGAAGAAGUGAGAUUUCGAAAGUUCAAAGAAUCAAUGAAAUCGGCACCAGACCAGGUUGUUAGGUUUCAGAGGGGUGGGAAACCGAUAUGGCUAAGUGAUUCUCCUCCAGUGGUGAAAAAUUGUGAAGUUUGUGGUGCUGAACGUAUUUUUGAAUUUCAGGUAACUCCCCAACUUCUCUGUCAUUUGCAUUUGGAUCGAGUGGAUGAACCCAGUCCAGAUUUUGGAUCAUUGUACAUUUUCACGUGUUCUAAUUCAUGUGCAUUACCUAGGAAAAAAGAAAGAAUGGGAAAUGCAGGAGAAAGUUGUACUUCUGACCUUGAUGGUGAUUUAAUUGAAUAUCAGCGUGAAGUUGUCAUUCGACAGGGGGUUCCCUAAUUUAUAAUUACCUUCUAGUUAAAUAAGAUCUUAUUGUUAAUUGAAUUAACUCUGUUUCUGAAUUAUUUUGUAUAUUCUACAUCAUACCUUAAUCUUACAAAAAUAUUGUACAUUGAAAAGAAGCCCAGAAUAAAAGUUGUCGAAUCUAUUUGCAAUGGCCAUUUUGUUUUCAUAGACUGACACAAAUAUAGAAAUGAAUAGUAGUAGUUUUAGUCUGUAGUGCUUACAUGCUUAUCUUAUCUUCAAAUAUAAAUUUUUCUAAGGAGGUGAACUUCA